AUGGCAUCCAAAGUCCCUCCUCUCUUAGAGCCCUACCUUGCCCUCCCCCCAGAAGCGUCCCUCAUCCUCCUAACCAGCGUCCUAGGCGCUAGCACAAACUGGCUUGUCCUGCGAUUCUUGCACAGCGCCUUGGCCAGUCCCGGAGAUGAGGAUACGAAAGUGGUCUUCGUGAGCUUUAUGAGAGACUUAGCCUUCUGGAAAGAGGGGGCUAAGCGUUUGGGUCUUGAUCUGGAGAAGCUGGCUGCGAAGAAGAGGUUCAAGUUUAUGGAUGGCUUGAGCGGGCUUUUCGUUCCUGAGAUGCAGAAAGCGGUUGUGGGAAAGGCUGGGGAGAAGGUUUUGAGCAUCCCGGCUCUGGAACAUCUUUCGGGAGAGAUAUUGGAGGCUGUCCGAAACCUGAAAGGAGAUGGGGGGAGGAUUCUGCUGGUUGUUGACCAAUUGGAUCUUCUGCUAGCAGCAGGAGGUGAGAAUAUUGGUGCUGUGGGCUUGGGGGAUAUGUUGAUGGGUUUCCGAGAGGAGGUUUAUUCAACUGUUACUACGCUCUCUGCGGAUUUUCCUCUAGUGUCAGCUCAGCAGACACCUUUGGAAAAAGAUCACGCUGCAUUCUUAUUGAGUGUGGCACAUCAAGCGGAUUUCACUAUGGGAUUGAGGCUGCUAGAUACUGGCACGGCAAGAGAUGUUAGUGGGGUUGUUAGGAUCACUGUUGGAGACCAAUUUAUAGAGGAUAAUCGAGACAUACAGCGGAGGAUUGAGGAAAGGGAACUGCUAUAUUUCGUGGGCGGUGAUGGAGGUGUUAGGGUAUUCGAAAGAGGCCAAUGA